CGCUCCGCGCUGCACCGCACCGCACCGCACCGCUCCGCGCCCAGCACCGCCCCGCCGAACAGCGGCUGCCAUGAGCCCCGCCGGCAGCGGCCCCGCGCUGGCCGCCGCGCUCCUCUGCUUGGCGCGCCUGGCUCUGUGCGCGCCCUGCCCCGCCGCCUGCCAGUGCCCGCGGGAGGCGCCGCGCUGCGCCCCCGGCGUGGGGCUGGCGCUCGACGGCUGCGGCUGCUGCAAGGUCUGCGCCCGGCAGCUCAACGAGGACUGCAGCCGCGAGCAGCCCUGCGACCACACCAAGGGGCUGGAGUGCAACUUCGGCGCCAGCUCCACCGCGCUCAAGGGCAUCUGCAGAGCGCAGUCCGAGGGGAGACCAUGUGAAUAUAACUCCAAAAUCUACCAGAACGGCGAAAGCUUCCAGCCGAACUGUAAACACCAGUGUACGUGCAUAGAUGGAGCUGUGGGCUGCAUCCCGCUCUGCCCGCAGGAGCUCUCCCUUCCCAACCUGGGCUGCCCCAGCCCCAGGCUCGUCAAAGUGCCGGGGCAGUGCUGCGAGGAGUGGGUCUGUGAUGAAAGCAAGGAUGCGCUGGAUGAGCUGGAAGGCUUCUUCAGCAAAGAGUUUGGUCUGGAUGUGUCUGAAGGCGAAUUAACCAGGAACAAUGAGUUAAUUGCCAUUGUGAAAGGAGGCCUGAAAAUGCUACCUGUUUUUGGAUCUGAGCCACAAAGCCGAGCUUUUGAGAAUCCCAAAUGCAUUGUGCAAACAACUUCCUGGUCCCAGUGCUCCAAGACCUGUGGAACUGGCAUCUCUACAAGGGUUACCAAUGAUAAUCCUGACUGCAAACUCAUCAAAGAGACCAGGAUAUGCGAAGUGAGGCCAUGUGGCCAGCCUAGCUAUGCUUCCCUAAAGAAGGGGAAAAAAUGUACCAAGACGAGGAAGUCCCAGGCCCCAGUGAAGUUUACCUAUGCUGGAUGCUCCAGUGUGAAGAAGUAUCGCCCCAAGUACUGUGGCUCAUGCGUGGAUGGCAGAUGCUGUACUCCCCAGCAGACCAGGACUGUUAAGAUCAGGUUUCGUUGUGAUGAUGGAGAAACCUUCACUAAGAGUGUAAUGAUGAUCCAGUCUUGCAGAUGCAACUACAACUGUCCACAUGCAAAUGAAGCUUAUCCUUACUACAGACUUGUCAAUGACAUUCACAAAUUUAGGGACUAAGUCAUGUUGGGGGGUGGGAUGCAAAACAGAAUUUUGAAGUAACCAGCCAUGGAGAAAGGACUUCUGUGAUGGAAAUGGUGCCUUGCCCACUUGAGGGCAACAUUGAAAUGUUACAAGAGUGCACUGUGCAACUGGACACUAAUGCAACAGAGAUUUAAGCAUACUUAAGGCUUCAUAAUACUGGAGCGGCUUUAUUGCUUCUUUUUGGAGCACCUUAUCUUCUAUAUACUGUUUUCUGUUUGUAAGUGAUACACAUUCUGGUUAUGAAUUUUUUUUUUUUCCUAUACUGUUCAACUUAACAUUAUGCUUUCCCCUUUCCUCCAUCUUUUCCCACCCUUUCUCAACCAAGUUGGAAGUUACAUUCCUUCCUGAGGUGGGCACUUGUAGGGUGUUCACGGUGGCAGCUAUUAUGUACCAACUAUAGUUUAAUGGCAAACAGAAAUCAGUUGUUUUAAAGCUGAGUAUUUUAUUUAUCAAAAUGUAGCUUUUUUUUUUUUUUUUGAGUUUUUUUUUGAGUUUUUUUCCCUAUUCCUCUUCUCCCCUGUAAUACUGGAAUAAGUUGUAAAUGAUUUUAAUUUUAUAUUCAAUGAAUUAAAUUUUAUUUAUGGAAUUAAUCAUUUAAUAAAGAAAUAUUUACCUAA